AAACAAUUGUGGAAUAAUAUAGUUAGAUUAUGCCAUUCCUCUAAACUUUUCUAAAAUUAUAAUAUUUCGACAUUGUGACCAAAUCCAUAACGGUUAGAUACAACCUUUUGAAACUUAAAAAUCAAAUAAAACUGACACCAACUCCUACGUGGUGCUAGUUUAAACUUAAUCCAUAUUUAGUUCACUUGACUCUUCUUCACUUAGCUCGUCACAUAAAUAUUGAUUAUGUUCAUUGUCGGCAUCCCUUCUUGCAUUGCCUUUUCUUUACAAGGAGUUGUUUGAUUCCUUCUGCUUCUUCACGAUAUCUCAAAAUGCCUACUCAAGCUUAGUUCUACUAACUUCAAAUUUUAAUUACAAGAAACCCCUCCUUCAUUAGUACGCGAGUUUCACAGCUCUUUCUCCCUUUAGGGAUUUCAAUCAAAAUUUCACCUCCUCCUUUCCUUUAUUUAAACUUGGCCCGCUCGUGUUGAUUGUUGCACUCAGUGGAAGACCCCUCCUUGUUAAUGUCUUGUUUUGCUUUUUCUUGGCAUUCCUUUGACACUUCAAAAUCAAAUGAAAUCUAGAUUAAAAAAACAUAAAACAAUCAAAUAGUAUUACUUUUCUGUCAAAUAUUGGCUACCUCAGUCAACAUUUAAGUGUAUUAGUAACUGAUAUCAAAAUUUUGAAUUCCCAACCCUCGACAGUGUGUGUGUAUAUAUAUAUAUUAUCUUCGCCUUUUUCUUUGAACAACACUACUCUCUCAUCGAGUAUUUAACCCAUCUCUUCGCUUGAGUAACUCAUUCAAUUAUUUCUCUCUUCAUUCUCUACCUGGCAUUAUAUUUCAACUAUCGGUGUUGCCUUCUUCUCUAAAACCUGAAGUCCAUACCUACAUCAGAUUCCAAUUUCUCCAUUCCAACACAAAUCUCUCCUCCAUAACCAAUGGAAUCUGCUCCAAAGCUCAAGCAAAACCAUGGCUGCACUUUCCUCCAUUCCACUCAAUUGUUGAUAAGCGUUCUCUCGUCUUUCUUCCAACUUCAAAACUUCUUCAUUCUCAUUCUCCUCGUUUCCAUGGAAACUUACAUUUUCUUAAAUGGAUGGAAUCCCAUUUCCUAUUUCUUCCUCCUAUUGUCUUCUUAUACUUUCUGCAAAUACAUCAUUAAGCUUCCCAUUCUGAAUGCUCCUCGUCCUGUCUAUUUAGUUGACUUCUCAUGCCUCAAACCACCAAGCUUCUGCAGGGUUCCCUUCUCUCUUUUCCUUGAAAAUGCAACGUUGAUGAAUACUUUCGACAACAACAGCCUCAGUUUCAUGGCCAAAACUCUCAAAUCUUCAGGACAGAGUGAAGAAACAUGCCUCCCUCCAGCCCUGCAUUUCAUACCACCCAAAACCCAUCAACAAGAAUCCAUUCAUGAAGUUCAUAUGGUACUAUUUCCUGUCAUGGAUGAUCUUUUAACCAAAACCCAUCUCUCUCCUUGCGACAUUGAUAUUCUUAUUGUUAAUUGCAGUGGCUUUUGCCCUUCUCCUUCCCUGUCAUCCAUAGUCAUCAACAAAUAUUCCAUGAGAAGUGAUAUUAAAAGCUAUAACCUCUCUGGAAUGGGGUGCAGUGCAAGUGCUGUUGCCAUUCAUUUAGCUGAAAAUCUUCUUCAAGUACACGAAAACUCAAAUGUUGUUGUUCUUAGUACAGAAAUUCUAUCAAACGGUUGGUAUGCAGGAAAGGAACACUCCAGACUAAUCCUCAAUUGCUACUUCCGUAUGGGCGGUGCGGCUAUUUUACUCACCAACAGAAAAGAGGCGAAACUUUUUUCAAAAUAUAAACUAUUUAAAACCCUUAGAACACAGACAUCCUACGAUGAUAGAAGUUACCUUUCAGCCAUACGCGAAGAGGACAAGGAAGGAAAACUCGGAGUCUCUGUAACAAGAGAUACGCUUCAGGUUUUCCCCGAAACACUCCGUAUCAACAUAACCCUUCUGGGUUCUUCAAUAUUGCCGCUGUCUGAGAAACUCCGGUACGUCGUUUCGAGGCUACGGAAGCGAUUCGUGGAUAAAUCGCAAGAAAUUUACAUACCGAAUUUCAAGAGGGUGAUUCAACAUUUUUGCUUGCCGGUGUCGGGGGGUGCGGUGAUAAGGGCGAUAGGAAAUGUGCUGAAGCUGAACGAUAAGGAAGUGGAAGCGGCAUUAAUGACUCUGCAUAGAUUUGGGAAUCAGUCGUCAUCGGCGCUAUGGUAUGAACUUGCGUACUUGGAAGCAAAAGAAAGAGUUGAAAAAGGUGAUAAAGUUUGGCAAAUUGGGAUGGGUACUGGGCCCAAAUGUGUUAGUUUGAUUUGGGAGUGUAUUCGGCCCAUUUUAGGAGAGUCCAGUAAUGAUCCAUGGGCCGAUGUGAUCGAUCGGUAUCCCAUCUUAGGCCCAUCAACUUAGAUCUUAAUGGCAUUACUAAUCUACUUUUAUCUUCUUCUUUUUCUAAUUAAGCAAAAUAGCUUUACCUCAAGCAUCUUAAAAGUAUACUUAAAGGGUGAAUUCUGCAAUUAGUCCUGUGGUUCUUCUAUUUCUGUCUUCAAAAUCCAAAAAAACGUUUAUAUGUCUAA